CUAGUGUAUUGAAAAGUUCAAAUAUUUUGUUUAUUUAAUGAAAGUCGGUUAUUUUUUCGGUUUUUGGUAAACCGAACCGAAUUAUCAGUUUCCGAUUAUUUGGUACCCGUUCCUGAACGGUUCGGUUUCGGUUAUGAUUAUUUGGAUAACCGAAAUAUCGGUUCGGUUUCGGGUUGACCUUAAUCGGUUCGGUACCCGAACCGAGUCCAGCCCUAAUAAAUACCCCGGAGCCAGAGCCAUUUCUCCCUUACGCGUCCAAAAAUCUUUAGCGAAGCUUUGCCAAAAAUUCUAGAGAGAGAAACUCAAGCCCUCGGUCACAGCACUUUCAGAGGUAUGGAGGCUCUCUUCGCAAUGAAAAAGAAGAAGGAGAGGGCGCAAGCCCAGAAGAAGGAGAAGACGGAGCCCUCGGGUCAAAAGCCCAUUGAUGAGGUUUUCCCGAAGGAGACCGCAGAGCCUUCAGUUGCUGCUGCUCCUGUUACUGCGGCCGGGGGGCCGAAGGCUGAUGUGGCAGCCAAGAAGAAAAAGGGGGACAAGGGGGUGGAGCCCCCGAUCAAGAAGCAGAAGGUUGCCGGGGAUGCCGUUGAGAAGGCGGCCCCCCUCAUAAUACUCGAUGAUCAGCCCUCUGCUGACCCCCCGGCUGUUGAUACUCCGAUGGCUCAGACAGACCUUCCCUCGGGGAAGAUGCCUCGGGAGAUUAUUCGGCUCUCCCUCGCUCCGGGGCAUCCGUAUUGCACGGUUCAGCCGAGCCGAUGUCUUUCCUGAGGGGGAUUACCUCGAUGAUGGACAAAGAAGCCCUCUCCACCUAUAACGAUGACGCCCUCGAAGCCAGGGCCCUUCGAUCAGCUCUGACUGCGUGCAUAACCUUCGGCGAGCAGGCCCGAAGGCGAGAGGAGUGGUGCCGUCAUAAGGCCGAGCUAGAGAGGUCUGUGGAGGAGCUGAUUCGCGACAAGGACGCUGCCCUCCGGGAGGUGUGCAAGUUGGAGGAUGCCCUUCGGCAAGCGGAGCUGCGGCUGAAGGAGGCCAGAGAAGAUGGGAAGGCCGAGGGCAGGGCUGAGGCCGAGAGGGUUGCGGCCGAGGAGAGAAAACAAGCUGCCGAGGACGCCGAGAAGGCCAAAGCUGAAGCUGCCGCAAAAGCCCGAGAAGAGGCCAUUGCUGGGUUCACCUCCGAGGGAUGGAAGGCCGAGGGCCAGAGCGAGUGGGUGGCCUCUGUGGUGAAGGCCUCGAUCGAGGAGUGGGUGAGGGGCCCCGGGCUCGACUGGAUGAAUGAGAGGGGCGACACCUACUAUCAAGCUGGCGAGUUCUUCACCCAGCACCUGGUUUACCGGAGGCUCGCCCGGCAUUUUGGUACCUCCCUGGAUGAGUUCAACCCCUCAGUGUACGGCCUCCCCCCGUUGCAGCCAGAUGUUCGGGUCCCCCUCCCCGAGGGAGAAGAGCGCCCGGUGAUUCAUGAUUCCAUGAUGAUGGGCGUUGAUGAUGAUGCCGAGGACACCACCGGGACGGAGGUUACCUCGAAGCCACCGGGGGAGGGUGCCCCCGGGAACGAUGCUGUUGAUGUGUAAUAGGCGCUUAGAAAUCCCUGAACACAUUUUGUA